AUGUAUCGUGUGAAUAAAAGUUACGAUGAAUCAUCGAGUGAUGAUGAGGGCCCCUCCUUACCCAAGGAACAGAGAUUGGAUGGUACUGGUUACAAGACAAAAGAUUGUAAAGCUGGAAGCAAAGCCGCGCAAAUGUGGACAGAUUUAUUAGUUGAACAAAGUCUUUCUGAAACGUUUUCUGAUAAAGUUGGAGUAUAUCGAGGCGAAAAUGACAUGGUGAAGCGCGGUGUUGAAAGUUACAUUCUUCCUGAUCUGCGAUGCACAAGUAAUGAUCAAAAAAUGCGAUAUCAGACGAACCGUGAAAUUUCACCAAAUCCAAAUAACAAUGAACCGUUUGAUUUCAUCGCUGAUGAAGAAAAAAUCGAAAAGUUUUCAGACAAGUACGAAAAAUGUCCACAUGAAUAUGGUGGCGAUUAUGACAGACAAAGAGCAAUAAGUAUCACUGGUCAGGAAAAAAACAGAGAAUCAUGGAAGCAUUCUGCUUCCACAUCACGAAGUACCUCACGCGGUAUUGGAAAACGGAGACGAAAUAACUACGAUCCAAAUAGAAGAAACGGUAAUAGAAUCACCAAGAACGUCGGAAUCAUAAAUAAUGCUUUGAAGCAUCAGAAAGGCGAGCGAAAUCCAAGUUUGCUGUCGAGUACUGAUUACUCAUUGGAGACACUGUUGACGACAGAAUUCCCAGAAAAUAUUAGUAUUAGCGAACUGGCUGAACGUAUUGUAAGAGCAUUAGGCGAACGGAAUGAAAAGUUCUUGUGGAGCGUAAUAAUUGAAAUAGGAGAAGAAAAAGCCCUAGAAUUGUUUGAAGCAACGCGUGGAAUAGAAGCAUCUGGUGGUAUGUUGAUUGCUGACGGUACACGUCGACGCACUCCCGGUGGUGUCUUCAUGACUUUGUUUAAGACAGAUCCCGAUAUUCAGCCUCUACUGAAGAAAAAAGUAUGUAAUCUGCAGAAGACUGCUACUCGAGAAAUAAGAAUUGCAAAGCGGCGAGGGAAGAGGGAAACAGCAAAAGCAUUUAAUAUUACGCCUGAAAAGGUCGAGAUGCUAAAAAAAUUAUCGACAGCAUCAGAAGUGUUACUUGAAAAAUCAGUAAGUGAAAGAAAAUCUCCUCCGAUAUAA